AUGCACUACUAUCCAAACUGUACCCCAGUCGCAUGUUGCUUAAUUUGCCAAUUGCAAGCGCCACAUCUUUAUUUGAAAAUCCAACAGCACGCAACACCACCAACAACAGCGUGCAACACCAGCAACAACAGCGCGCAACACCAACAACAGCAGCGCGCAACAACAAUAACAACCAGCGCAGCUACCAUAGCGCGCAACACCUUCAACAGCGCGCAACAUAAGCGCGCAACAACAACAACAACCAGCACGGCUACCAUAGCACGGAACAACACCGACAACAACAAUAGUGUGGCUAACGCGCAGCAGCAACACCGCCAAGAGCGCGGCCACCUCAACAACGCCACCAACCACAGCGGGACAACAACAGCGCGCAACAACAACAACCAGCGCAGCUACCAUAGCGCGCAACACCUUCAACAGCGCACAACGCUAACAGCAGCAGCACUCAACACCCAACAACAGCGCGCAACACCAGCAAUAACAACACCCGCCACAGCAGCGGGGACAACAGCGCGCAAUAGCAACAGCAAUAGCGCUCAACACAAACAAAAGCAGCGCGCAACACCAGGAACAACCACGUGCGCAACACCAACAACAACAACAACCAGCGCGGCUACCAUAGCGCUGCACGACUCCUGCAACAACAACAACAGCAGGCCGCCACCAAAGCCUGCUGCAACACUAGGAAUCUGCCUCUGUGCAACCGCACAAGCAUACGUUGUAUUCAACCUAGAUUCUCCUGUUCUAACCGUUCGAGAUGGGUACGGUUCGAUAGUCAACGGACAUUUUAAACUGGUCCACAUGAUCGACUUGACGCGCUAUGAUAAAAUUUUAAAUCGUCUAAGCUAUGAAAGCUCUAGGAUGAAUGAGACCAACGCUAUCACUGACGUCAUCACCUAUCAGUUGGAGAAAACUCAAACUCAACUCGACGAGCUGAAGGGCCCUAAGCCUAAAGAUCCAAGCGUUCAAUCAAUUGGAUUGGGUCAGCCUGGAAGUGGAUUGCUGGCACACCUGACGCCUUAG